AUGGCGGGGGAUUACGACUAUGUUUUUAAAGUUCUUGUUUUGGGGGAUAGCUCUGUUGGAAAGUCAAGUCUUAUUAAGAGAUUUCAUUCGAAUGUGUUCGAUCAAAGACUUCCUACAACCAUAGGUGUCGACUUUUUCAUCCACGAUAUGGAAGUUGAUGGAAAGAAAGUCAAGGUUAGUUUCCAGGUGUAUUUUUUUGCUUUACGUACUCGGCAUGUUUCAGCUGCCUGAAGACCCAGGAUUUUGCUUAAUCACUUAUCCAUAAAUUAUACUUUAGCUUAAAAAUAUAGUUUGUAGGCUCGAGGGCAUAAUUUUUUAGCACUCGAAGUGAUUUUGUUGAGAAUUGGUGUGGUCAGUCCUGCAGGGCUGUCAACCCCACUCGUCUUCAAAUAUUCCAGCAAUAAUUGAUAGGGAAGAGAUGAUAGAUGACGUCAUAACGCACGGCUCAUGACGUCAUCUGUGCAACAAAAUACUCGUUGACUGCGAUUGUCAUGACCUUGCAAUGACACAAACACGCCAAAGAGAUGUUGUUGGCAUUGUUCUCGCAAAGUAAAUUAAGGCCCGUGGAGCGAGUUUAUGAUUUUGUCAGGCGUGCAGCAUGCACAACACACCAUGGAUCGCCAAGCAAAAGUGUGAUCUUGCUUUGGUCACAAAUAUGUCUCGCUAUCGGUUUGGGCAAAUGCAGUUGCCUAGGAACAAAGCAGCGUGUGAGCAAAACCACAACAAACCUGGCCCGGUUGCUUUAGCGGAGGUCAAGAAAUGCUUUAAACAAUAAAUUUCGAAGGGUUAGGUAGAUGUACCUUUUACAGCAAAUGGAUGUGAUUUGGACCAUUAGCUUCAAUAAAAAAAAAACAGCAGAAAUCGAGGUAAGAAAACAUGUUUUGCGUCCUACUUCGCAGACCAUUUGUAUCUGCAUUGUUGGUCGUAUGUUCUUUCAUUGCCAUAAGUUUAAGACAGCUUGAUCAGCUUUAAACGAUGUUUGCCGGCGGAAGUUUCAUGGAAAAGGUCUUAAAUCAAAAUUAAUACUCUUCCUUACACUUAUGUGUUCCUCCUUAGUAGUGUUGUGGUAAGCAGAUGUCACACCAAACCGAAGUUGCAGGGUUCGAUUCCUAUUUUUUUAAAACUUUUCUUUUUUUCUUUCUUUUUUUCGCUGUUUUGUUUUGUUUGCGUGUUUUUCUUCAUGUUAGAUAUAUUUUCUUUUUCCUAUUUCCUUCUUUCCCUUUUUUUCUACUUCUGGCCCUUAGCCUCUGCUUCGCACGGCUCUGCGAUUCAUGUAUUUCUAGCAACAUAUGACUUAAUUUGUUUACUUCCCACCAAUUAGAUUAUCAUAUAGCCUGCAUAAUAGGAGUUUUAUGAGCCAACCGAGGCAAAUGCGGCAUUUUGUGCAUAGUGCAAGAUGAGGGAGAAGAAAAUAUUAUAGCACCUGUAACCAGUCCAUUGUUCUGGCUCUUCCACCCACCUACGCGCACAAAUAUUGACUGAUGGUGAUGAUGUCAAAAGGACCAAUGAAAACACGACCCAUUACUCCAUUAUUGUCACCAUUCUGGCUACCAGAAACACCGACAGCAGCGUAAACCACUGGAAAUAACAACUACAAUGGCAUGCACAAAUCACCAAUAAUGUAAGAAUGCAAAAAUGACGAAUUUGCUCAGUUAAAGUUUAGUUUAUGUCCAAACACAAUGGUGAGAAAGAACAGAGGAAAACCUGUUGUUCAAAAAAUUCCAACAUCACGUUUCACAUUGUCAUGAGCUUAUGAGUUGUGUUUGGCCUGUCAACACUUAAUUUCAAAAAGUUAGUAAAUCAGGCUUUUUCCAAACUUAGUUGAAAGAAAUCCAAGAACAUCGUUCCUCUUUAGCAAUAUUUGCUUUAUUCCUGGAACAUUUGGAAAUAAAUGAAGAACUUUCUCUAACAGCAUUGUCAAAAAAACAUGACUGCAGACAAACAUACCAGAAUCUUGCCAGAACAACAUGUCGUCAGUUAACUAAUUGAAGCUCAAAGUUCAUGUAGUGAAUGUGGGAAGAGCCAGAACAAUAGACUGGUAACAGGCACUUUAUUUGUUUCUCCUCCCCUCAUCUUGCACUUUAAUCAAAAUGCCAUGUUUGCCUUGCUUGGCUCAUGAAGCACCUGCAGGCUAUUAUUAUAUUACAAUGGAAUACCUGAGUUCAGGAAACGUUCGUUGUUAACAUUAAAAUAGCUCAGACAGAGCAAAAUAUUUAAAAUUUUAUUUGUCGGAAAGUCAAGCCUACUGAAGAAAUGCCAAAAUUCGGUGAUUAUCCAGGAGAUUUUAUACUCUGUUCUGGAGACUGGGAAAUGCAGUCCAAAAUCUGGAGUCUCCCAGAUUAUCAGAGAGAGUUGACAACACUGGUCCUGGUACUCUUCUCAUGGGAAAACAUGAAUUUUCCCAGUCCAGAAACAGUGUGUCCUAGUCCUUAAACCAGUGAGUGAGGCCCUCUUAGGUGCAGUGCACAUGUCGUAGCAAUUGCAGAGUAACUGGCUUAGUAAAUAUCGUACUUGAAAAAAAACUGCUCCUGCAGCCCCACUGUCAAGUUCAAUUAUGCUGGGUUUACAGUCCCACAGUCUGGUGGUUGAUGAAUGCUCAAAUCUUAGUGAGUAAAAGUCGAGUGCUCUUAAAGUCCCAGCUGAAAAGUGACGAAUAUUGAGUGGCUAUCCCACUAAUGCUCCCGCAGUCCUGCACUCCUGAAGUCAAUGUCAAGUAACUAGUGUGCUUAUAAUAAUAAUAAUAAUAAUAAUAAUAAUAAUAAAAAAUAAUAAUUUAUGUAGCGCUAUUCAGCCUCUUUCAUAGCACUAUACAAUAAUCAGGUUAACGUAGAAUCUAAACACUAAAAAAUAUAAUAAAAUACCGAGAUAAAUUAGUUAGAAAGCUUAAAAAAUAUAUAUAUACAUUAUACAAAAAAUGAAAGUUAAAAUCUAAGAUCUAAAAAUACUAAGAUAAAAUUACAGAUAAUGAAAGGAAUAAAAAAAAAAACGUGUAUUAAAAAUAAAAGUUAAAAGCCAUAGGCUUCUUUAAAAAGAUAAGUCUUCAAAUGUCUUUUAAAAAUAGCAAUUGAUGGAGAUUUACGAAUGCUAAGAGGCAAGCUAUUCCAUUGCCUUGGCGCAGCAAUGUUGAAUGCCUGAUCUCCAUAAGUCUUUAGUUUAGCCAGUGGCACAGUGAGCAGUUCUUGCCCACUGGAACGUAAAGACCGAGAGCACUUACAAUGGCUCAGGAGACUAGAAAUGUAAGAGGGUGCUUUGCCAUUGCGUGCUUUAUAGACUAAUAACAGGAGCUUAAAAAUAAUACGUGAAUGUAUAAGGAGCCAGUGUAGCAACGAGGUAUACUAGUGCUCCAGCAGUCCUGCACCCCCACAGUUGAUGUCAGAAUUUUAUUAUGCAAAUUGGACACUGCAGGAGCAGUUUUUUAAGUUAGAUAUUUAGUGGGCCGGGUAUUCUGCAAUAUAACCUUUAUGUCCCUAGUCUGAGUUCGAAUAAAACAAUAUUAUUGUUUGACAUUUUGAGGAGUAGGCCAUGUCCCUGUCAGUAUUCAACCCAUAUUUAUAUCAUUUGUGGCCAUUUAUCCCAGUCUUAUGUCACUAUCUUAUGGCCAUGUUGCUUGUUGGAAUUUUACCCUAACAGGCCCUCAUGAGUUACUGGGUCAGGGAUUACUGUUUCCUUUCUUAUUACCGAUAAAAGCCUCACGAAAAGACAAUAUAAUGCAAUUUUCAUUAAAAUUAUCAUGGUAAAAAAAAAACACAAACAAUUUGGUGUACCUAUAGGCCACUACUAAAAAAUCUUGCCAUCCCUGAUUGCAAAGAAUCUACUGAAACAGCAACGAAAUUAAACCACAGCACUAAACAAUGUGGGCUUCUUUGAUUCCUUUUGUUUUGUUUGGUUGACUAGCUUCAACUUUGGGACACUGCGGGUGAAGAGAGAUUCCGUCAAGGUGGUUUAACCAGUUCAUAUUACAGAGGAGCUCAUGGGGCACUGGUAGUGUUUUCUCUGACAUCUCUCAAGUCCUUUCAAAGUGUAAAGAAUCUUUGGAUAGAUGAAUUUUAUAGAAAAAGGUAAGAACUGAACAAUCUUCAAGUGUAUUGUUUAUGCAUGGUGUAUAAUGAUACAUUUUCAUACCUGCCAACCCCCAGAGUACAAAACUCUGGAGACAUCUAGAAAUCUUUGCAUUGUAAGAAUGACAUUUUCGACAUGUUUGAAUACUCUCCGAAAAUCACCCAAAGGCCCUCCUAAUGUUCCCAACGUCGAUAACAAUGUGGAAAAACCACACCUGUCCCAACUUUUGAUUGGUUGAUUUCUGACCAAUUGCAAUACUCGUUAAAUAUACAUUAUCAAUUUGAUUGCUCUGUUUUACGUUUUCCGAUCAAGAGCAGCUUAAAUAAGAUUGCUAAAUCCACUCCUUGUUUCAUUUUCCUUUUUGACAUCUCAAAAAUAACAAAAUUUUGAAAAAGGCCACAGUAGGUAUUUCCCAGGAGAUUUGGUGCUCUAACUUUUUUUGAUGAAAAACUUGGAGACUCCUUGGAAAAGCAACAGAGUGGGCAGUUAUGCAUUUUAUAGUUGUACUGAGCCGCAGGUAGCUAAGCUAAUGGAAGCAGGUGUGGUCAGAGGUCUUAUGAAAUUUGGCAGAUAAACAGAGUCAAAGCUCUGAAAAUUCUCCCAGGCUGUACUUGAAGAAUUAGCUUUCGACAGUUCUUUGUAACAGAAGUGAGGCCUUUUAGCAAACUUUCCCGGAAUUUCCCCACUGCGAUGAUAAAGAAAGAGAUUUGGUACAUUCUACCUUAUUCUAAAUAUUAAUCCUUAUGAGUACUUAAUGUGAAGAAGUGGUGUUGGGUUUAAUCAGGUUGGACCUUUAGGUAGGACCUGGCCAAAGAUUUAAAUAAAAUUGAGGACAACUAAAAAGGGUUGUAACUGGUCUUCUUGAAAACUGGCCAUCAUGACUAGUUUUUCAAAGGAAAUAAAUUUCUGAUGUUUGUUGGGUCCCAUGUUUCAUGAAGUUGUUAUUUUGUCACUGAGAAAUAAUUGCAUUAAAGCCAACUGAUGAAUCAUCUUUUACAAAUAUCAGAAAAAUCUCUUUAAAAGAAUUCCAUUUAUUUUUCUGCUGUAAGCUAAGAAAGUCAACUGAAAAUAAUGUCAAGGUUUGAUUUUGGUGCUAUGUUAUUUAUGGAUGAUAGUGACAUUAUUAUCAGUACACUGAAAAGACAACAUUAUUGCAUCAGUUAAGGUUUUUAAUCAUUGAUCAAUUAUAAUCAAAGAUUGGCACACCUCCAAGAACUAGGAUAACCUCUGGACAGCCAUACAUGGUGCCUAAUUUACCUCGGUCAUUGUUAAUCACUAAUAUAAGAAGUAUCAAAUGCAGAAGGGUUUGCUCAUAUUCUGGUUUAUGGGUCACACUGUGACUUAGCUUUCACCCAUUGAUUGCUCUCCCACUUCAUGUGCAUGUUAAACUGUUAGUAAUGUCUUACUUAAUUUUUACUUGCUUAAUAUUUUUUAUUCCUUGUUUUCUUUUUUACUUCUCUAGUGGUUCAGAUACAAUUAAAGUAUUAGUGGCUAACAAAUGUGACUUGAAAGAUAAGAGAGAAGUCAAUGAAGAUGACAUUAAAGUAAGUGUGAUUUUGCCUCUGACUCUUGAGGAGGUAGCAUGGCUGAGUGUUUAGAGCAGUGGACUUGCAAUGCGGAGGCCCCAGGUUAAAUAUGUUGAAUAUGUUCUUGUUAGCUGCAUGUUCAGCUCAUUUGUCUUGCUUGUAGGCCAGCCGGUUUGUCCAUGGUCAUUUGAGAUUUUUACCAAAUGAAUUAUGUUCAUUUAAUUUAUUUGUUUCUGCUCUUUUUUGGGGCACAUUGCACAUGACAUUACCUCACCUAUCCUCUUUGGGCCUUGUGGUACAUACCCUGUAAGGCCUUCGCAGAUCGUCCCUCCACUUAUCCCGGUUAGCUGCAGUGGUCUUCACUUCCUGUGAGGACGGGCGACAGUGUUCCCUUGACAAAGUGAAUUUUGUCUUCUUUUGGUUUCUGUAAUAACAGGGUUUUGUGGGAUAGGGUAUCAGUCCUCAGCCCACCCCCCUCCCGCCCCUGGAGGACCAGGGGACCACACUUAGUCUGGUCAUCCUUGGACCUGACUCCAGCCAACAUACCGUAAAAUUCCGAAAAUAAGCCCCGGGGCUUAUAUUUUUCAAAGGCCCUUUUUGCGGGCUUAUUUUUGGAGGGGCUUAUCUACGGAGGGAAAUUUGCAUUUCAAAAUCGAUUGGGCUAGCCUUAUAGCUGGGAAUAAAUCUACCAUUUUUGCUUUGUUUUACUUUAUAUUUGAGGGCAAUUUUCCAAAUACAAGCCCCCAGGGGGCUUAUAUUUGGAGGGGCAAUUUAAUGGAGCAUUUUCUGCAUUACCGGUUUCGGGGGCUUAUAUUUGGAGGGGCUUAUACAUGGAGGGGCUUAUUUUCAGAAUUUUACACUAGCUCUACCAUGGUAAGGUGGUGAUCCCUUUGGAGUGGACAUGACAUUACCUCCUGCCUGAAUAAAAUUAACGAUAUUUUUUAUGAAUACAUAUGUAUGAAUAGCUACAUGUAGUAACCCCAGAAAAAUUGUUCAAAAAACAGUGAAUAACUCAGUUCAAUCCUCCAUACACUGUAAGUGGAGUUUUUGUGUCUUUAGUUUAGAACACACUAAGGAUCUAUGCCUUAAGUAAGUCUUUUCCUUUCCCCACAAUGAUUAUGAAUGACGUAAAGGUUGAAACAUGGUGUGAGGGGCUAGAACCAGGCAGCGGGAUUGCAAUCAUAUGGCUGGAUAGAAUGAAAAAUAGCAGCAGGAUGCUUGCUUGAAAAAAUCUAUUGUGGACCCUCUGAAACCCCAGAUAUUUGUAUUUGCCAGGGGGUUAUUCCCAUUACCAUGUUCUUGGUUGCUAAUUUCCUAAAUUGUUUUAAUAAUACUAUGUUUCACUGUUUCAGGAAUUUGCAGAUUUGAAUUCCAUGUGUUGGUUAGAAACAAGUGCCAAGGACUGCACUAAUGUGGAAGAAGCUUUUGAAACUAUGGCUUCCAAAUUAUGCGAGAGUCAUGAACAAUAUCUCUCUUUCGAGUCUGAACGUAGUGGUCCUGGCAGUUUUACUCUUCAUGGUGCUUAUGGAGUGCCAGAAGAGAAUGAAAGUCAAGGUUACUGCUGCAACUCAACAUGA